UCCGGUGAAUGUUUUAGUUAUGCAAUGCCUGACCCACUAACACACAUUUUCAGUGAGAGAGAGUGGAGCAGAGAGGAGUGAUGCCAGGAAAGUAGAACACAGAUUGGUGGAGAAAGACACCAGACAGAUAGACAAAAACAGAGGGAGAGGGGAGACGACAAAGUGUCACAGAAAAAGGAAUAGAGAAGGAAGGAGAGACAAAGGCUUAAUGAGGAGUUGCAGGCUUUGAGAAGAGGGUGCAGAGAUUCAUCUGCCAGGCGUGUCCAGGAGAGCAAAAGCUGCUGGAGUGAGAACAAGGCAUUCAUUACUUGACAGAGGAGAGCUGCAAAGUAUAUUUACCUGAGAAAAAAAGAGGAAUUGACUAUUUGGAGGAAAGAUACGUCUAUCUGCAGUCAAAGCAAGUGACAAGGAACUAUUAAGUCAAAGAGAAGCGGAAGAAAAGAAAUAAUUCACUGACAGAAGGAGAGAAAGAAACAAAUAUUAUUGCUUAAGCACUGAGGUGUAAGCUUUUUCUCAUGAACUGACUAUUUGCUGAUGGAGUAUAAAAUACACUUUUGCUCCAUUAAACAGAAGAAAAUCUUGAAAUUCACAUAUUCAGACUACUUCUAGAUCUCUUCUACUUGAAGACAUUUACCGUACCAUGCUCACACCUCUUUUUAAUUUAAUCUCUUAUCUACCAUUAAAAGAGGCUGCUUUGUAGCUGAAUCCCAGUUUCUAUUUUUGAGUACACUCUCUCUUCUCCUGAGAUCUCCUGCAAGCAGUAGACAACUGGAGUCAGAAGAAGAAAAAUGGAGUCCACAUUUGUAGAAUAUACACAGAGCGGAGAGGAGGAACAAACCAUGGAUAACAUUUGUGGUAACUCUGUAAUAGGUGGAGCUGGGCGCCGGAAAAGAGAGUUUAUCUCAGAUGAGAAGAAAGACGCCAGCUACUGGGAAAAGAGAAGGAAGAACAAUGAGGCAGCUAAGAGGUCAAGAGAAAAGAGACGUUUUCAUGAUUUGGUGCUGGAGGGGAAAGUAGCUGCUCUUGAUGAGGAGAAUGGACGACUCCGCAAUGAGCUGUUGCAGCUCAAGCUACGUUUUGGGCUAAUCUCUGCUGCCUCUUUAUUGGAGAUGAGGCAAGCAUUAGGUAAUCAUAAAGUUACAGAAACUGGAACCAUACUGUGCACUGGAGGAAAUGUAGAUUACUCUUCUUCAUACCUGGGUCUUAAUUCUGAUUCUUCUGAGGCAGACAGUGGAGGUGGUGCUGCAAUGGGUAAUUACUCUCCUCGUGGCUCCCUGUCUGAUCUCUCAGAUCAGUCCUCCAGAGAUAGCCCAGGCCCCAACUCAUACUCAGAGGGAAGGGCUAUGGACAAUGACUUUUCCCACCUACACUCGACAGAUGGUGUUGGGCCAGAACGGCUGGCAGCACCACGAGGAGGAGUUAUUUUGUAUAGGAUUGGAGGCCUCACAGUGGAUCCUCAACAAAAUCACAGACAGGUCUCCAACUUAACUGGAGUAAUGGCCCACUGCACACAAGGGCCAGAGUGCAGUUCCCCUCCACCACGUUCUUCUAUUUUCAUGAAUACAGAAUCAUCACAGACUUCUUUCAAACAUUUGGUUAAAGCUGCAGAUAUUGGCAUCACAGGUGGAUCAACAUCCCCCAAAUCUCUUACCUCAUCCUACCAAAGUGAAGAUAGUGGUAGUGAAGAAGGAGGAUCUAACUAUUGCUCACAGGAAUUCCCACAACAACAGGACUUAUCUUCAGGGGUCAAACUUCCACACAAACUGAGACUAAAGUGCAGAGCACAUGGACAAGAUGUGUGGGGGGCAAACAGGGGGCAAGGUUUUGAGGUGUUAGACUGCUUGACAGAAAGACUUUGAAUUUUAUUAUUUAAAAAAAAGAACUUAAAACUAUUAUGGACACAUUCCUUUCUAUCAUAAACCCUGUGUUACCGGCGUGGUGCAUUAGAGACCUGCAUAGACUUUAUCCAUCACUGUGACAAUGUCAUAUGCUAUGAGGGAUCAUCAUAUGCUGGGAGGGGAAAAUUGAGGGAGCUGCACAAUUACUGUAAAUAUUUUACAUGUUCAUAGUACAAUAAAAAGUUAUGUUAUA